GGUAUUAUGGGACUUUUCAGAGGAUCAACACCAAAUGUUUUACGUGCCUCAAUUUUAACUGCAACUCAAUUAUCGACCUAUGAUCAUGUGAAACAUUUACUUCUCAAAACUGAUUACUUCCAAGAUAAUAUCUAUACUCACGUGACAGCUUCUCUUGUUGCUGGUCUUUUGAGUACCAUUACAACUAAUCCAGCUGAUGUUAUCAAAACCAGAUUGAUGGCAUCCAAGACUGAAUAUACAGGUCUAAUUGAUUGUACUGUUAAAACUUUGAAAAACAAUGGAGUGAGAGCUUUUGCAAGUGGAUUUGUACCAAAUUAUAUUAGAAUUGGAUCUCAUUGCUUACUUACACUUCCUCUCUAUGAAGAAUUGAGAAAAUUAAUGGGUUUAUCAACUGUAUAA